GGCUGAUGGAAAGCUGGAUGAGCAUGCACUAGGCAAGCCUGGGGAGAUCCCAAGAUGAAAGGAGCUGCUAGAGCACGAGCCAUUGCAACAAAGAGGUUUCUAAAUUGGCAGCUUGCAGAGCUGAACAACAGAGAUGCCGGGUUUGUGUUGUAGAGCGGCUUCCCGAAAUGUCCCAAGGAAAGGCCUAGUCUUUGAAAGCAAUGCACUGAGGGUGCUUAAAAGAAGACUCUUAAAUGCAAACAGUGCUAACCUUUAAAGUCAGGAAAUCUCAAGUGUAAAUGCCCAUUUGUUCAUGGCUCUUCCAUGCGCACUGGCGACAACUUUUGUACAUGCAGCAGGCAUGGACGUUUAACCAGACUUAGGAUACCAUCUGCCAGGAUCACACUUUCUGUUAGUUGGCUUUUACUAACUCUCUGUGCUGUUCCUCAUCAUUCCUCUUAUUGUACAGCUCUGGAUGGGAAACAAUGACCUGGGAGCGUCCCCUGCUAGUGGAUUUUGGCUUCCCUUCUGAUCGGCUGCUGAAGUUGUCUGAACCUAAAAAAUGCCAGGCUCCUUACCUGCAGCAAAGACCUCGCCAGUCCCCUGAGUGGCCCGUGUCACCAGCUGCACUGAGCUAUAAGGCCUCCCCGCGGAUCCUGGAGCUUGCCCAGCCAAAGGUGCUGCACCCAGAGUUCCUGAUGGAUAGAGAGGUGCCAACACAGGUUACAACUGUUGCAGUCUUGGCCAGAGCAUCCUCACGGUUACAGUGUCUUGCAGAGCCCCGGGUCAGGAAGGUGACCUGCUGCUAUGAGCAUGGCUUUCCUGAAUCUGUCAUCCGUCCGGUUUCCAAGUUUGCUCAGGAGGCAAUUGCGAGCCCUCGGACCCUGGAGCUGGCUAGGGCAAAAAGAUUGCACCCUGACUAUGUGCCCCUGCGGGAUGCUGAGUGGCCAGUGACAAAGGCUGCAAAGCACGCAGUGGCCACACCAAGGCUUGUGGAACUGGCCCAGCCUUGCAAAAGGCCUUCUAUGGGCUCAGUUCAAUUCAACCCAGACGCUUUCACAGUGAAGGAGGCUGCUAAGAAGGCAACUUGUUCUGCACGGAUCCAAGAACUGGCUCGUCCGAUUAAGCGCUGAGCUUCCUCAGAAACACAGCCCACUGCUUGUGCCAGCUGCCCCCAUUGCCCCUGGAACAUCACCCUCUUUGGGCUGUGCUGUGGCUGGAAAACCUGCUUGAACACGGCGCAAAGGCAGCACCUAGCAGGAACACUUUCUUAUGAGUAGCCAAUUUUACUGGCUCGUCUGGGGAGUUAAAUAAAGUGAUCAUUCCUUAAGAACAAAAGAGUCACCAAGGGAAAAGAGCAGAACUUGACUUACUGUGGGAAGCCACUCUCCCUAGGAUGGGUUAUGUCUGGAGUUUAUUGUUCUUAUUUUUUUGCUGUAACAGUUGAGUAAUGACACAACAGCUGGGGGAAGCCAGCACAGGAACUGUUCUUUCACAUAAAGAAGUGUGGCAAACCAAAACCGACGGCACAGAGUAGGUUGAUGCAACACAACUCCUGCCCUUGGGUUUCAAAAUUUUUGCUAAAGUUCAGAGAUACCUUCUUAGUGAUGCUCAAAGUUUUGUGCUUGUGACAGAAAUAGAAACACAAAAGGCUGCAAAAUUCCAGAUCCAGGGAUGGAUUUGAUAAGGUGCAAAGCUUUAGUACAGACCUUGGAAAUGCUGGGGUGGCAUGUGUGUUGAGUUGGCUUGGAUUUGGGGCCUGUUUUCUCAAGGGCCUGGAGAACCCGCAGAUAGCGCCUUUUGCUUUACAUGCGUCUUUGAAACAAGUUACACAGGUGGGUUAAAUCUGUGCGGUUCAGAUAUUCAGUUGUGUGACCCUGGGCAGAAUAAUGGAGCUCUGCACUGGGAUUUUUGGAGCCUAACUCAAAAAAGCAGAGUUCUCCUCAGUGUAAGGGAGAAGGCACAUUGCAAAGAUUAAGAACAAAACAGAUGUUGGUGUCAGACUCUGCAGAAUAAAACUUGAGCUCCAGUCGUAUCUGAGGGUGUAUCAGUUUGGCAGAUGGAUUGCAGGGGAACAGCACAGCCUGUGUGGGACAUGGCAAAGACUGCUUUUAUCUGUUUCCUACGAGUUUGGUGUGCUUUGCACUGGCAACCUAACCACUGGUGAUAGGCUGGAGAUACUGAGGCAAGAGAGAUGCUCCCCAGCAAGGGACAAAAGCCAUAGAUGAAAGUACCAUUAAAAGAGAAGAACAACAAAAAAUAAGGAUUCUUUCAAGCACGUGGCAGUUUCACUGCCUUUGCAUCUUAAUCUUCUCUAUGUUAAGCUGAUUCUCCUUCCAAAGCAAUAGAGGCGGGUGACCACAAACCGGAAGAGGAUUAAUCAGAAGAUCGACUAAUUGAUUCAAUAAUCCACUAAGCAGAGGAUUUUUGAACCGUCUUGAACAAGGUAAGGUCACUGGGUAAUGGUGCUGGAUAUUUUUUAGCCCAUGCAUUGUCCUGUACCAGGAUGGAUGAGAGUUUUGGCUUUGUGCGAGAGCCCCAGUGCAGCUGCAUCCCUCAAGCUUGAGAAUGGCCAGAAGGACACUGAGGUCUGUCCUCCCCCACCCUGGGGGCUGGCACCAGCCUCUGCCACCUCAGGGCUUGGGCUGUUUGUGGAGCUGUGUGGGCUGCCAGGGAUGGACCCAUGGGUGCCCUAGAAGAGGAGAUUGCCCGUGUCUGUGGGCUAUCCCUGUGGCAAGAG